AUGGUAUUGAAUAAGUUGUUUCAAAUAGAGAUAUUAAUGAUGAAAAUGAAGAAAUAAUAUCUUCUACUCACACAAACACCUUCUCCUCCUUCCCUCUUCUUGAUUUGCUCUUCCUCCAGUCUUUGCCACGCCUAAAGAGUAUCGAUGGCGGUACUACAAUCACAACUACAUCCAUCCAUGAUCAGUUCAAGUGUUCUCAAGUCGGUGUUGCUUCGUGGUUCUUAUGCCAAUACUCCAAAAAGAUUACUAUAUCAACUUGUCCUGCCCUAUCAAGAGUGUUUCCAUCCAAUGUAGUAGGACGGCUGCUUAAGCUUGAAGAGUUGAGAAUAUGGAAUUGUAAGUCAAUAGUAGAGCUAUUUGAAACUGAAUGGGCCAACAACAAUGGUGUUGAUAGUAGUAAUGUUGGUGAUGGAAGUGACGAUACAUGUACUGCAAUCACCAUCCCAAGGUCGGCAAAUAUGACUCUGCUUCAAUUGCCCAACCUAACGAUAUUGAAAAUAGAAAGAUGUGAAGGUUUGGAAUAUAUAUUCACAAGUUCCACACUUGAAAGCCUCAAAAACUGACUGUAAAACAAUGCAAGGCAAUGAAAGUGAUUGUGAAGGAAGAUGCAGAACACACAGAAACGUCUAAAUCUAUAAUAGUGUUCCCUGGUCUCAAGUCCCUUACUCUGGCAGAUUUACCAGAACUCAAGGGUUUCUUUUUGGGGAAGAAUGAGUUCAGGUGGCCAGUAUUGGAAAAGGUUAAGAUGGAUGGCUGCCCAAAAAUGAUGAUUUUCACAUUUGGUCACUCGAAGGCUUCGAAGCUCAACUACAUACAUACAGGCUUAGGCAAGCAUACUCUUGAUCAAUGUGGCUCCAACUUCCAUUUGACCAAUGUUACACAAGAGACUCAACUCUCUAUGUGCUCUACUCCAGAUAUGAUAAAGCUAGUUCAGUUCCCUUGGUCUUUUUCAAAUUUACUUGAAGUAGAUGCACAAAAGAGUGACAAAUUGUUGAAAAGCCGCAUAAUUUUUCCAUGCAACGAGUUGCUUAAUUUGAAGAAUCUUGAAAAGCUUUCUAUUACCAUGAAGUAUGGUGAAUCUAAAAUAGAGGAAGUAUUUGAAGUAGCAGAAGGGACAAAUGAAGAUGUGGAUAUUGGAAUGCAAUCUGUUGUGGUAUUUGAGAAGCUGAAAGAGGUGACUUUGGGUAGAUUAAAUAAUCUGAAGCAUAUGUGGAAGAGCAAUCGGUGGAUAGUGUUGAACUUUCCAAACCUUACAAAGGUCUCAAUUAAUAAAUGUCGGCUUCUUGGACACGUUUUCAGUAGUUGCAUGGUUGGUAGUCUAUUGCAGCUCCAAGAGUUAAAAAUAAGUGACUGCGAGAGUAUGGAUGUGAUUGUGAAGCAAGUUGAAGAUUCCGAAACCAGACCGAAUACUACUGAGGUUGUGUUCCCUUGUCUAAAAUCCAUAACACUUGAAAAGCUUCCAAAUCUCAAGGGAUUUUGCCUGGGCAAGGUGGCUUUUGAAUGGCCAUUAUUAGAUACCUUGGAAAUCAAAGAUUGUCCACAAAUAACAGUUUUCACAAAUGGGCAAUCAACUACUCCGGAGCUGAAGUUAAUAGAUACAACUUUUGGAUUGUGUCAUGCAAUGGAAGACCCAAACUCUUUUAUACAGACCAAACAGAAAGAGGUAUGUGGUGUCUCAUUUGGUUAUUAUUAACAGAUUAAUGUUUUCUCCAACAAAAACUUUACAUUACUCUCUAAUUUACCACUUUGUUGUAAUCUCCUACAGGGAUGGCAGUUCUAGAGAAACAUUUGAAUUCACAUGUGCAGUUUGGCUCAUUUUGAAGUCAGCUAUAUAUAUAGCAUAAUAGACAUCUUCUGAUUUCAAACAGCCCAGCUACCACCACAUGUCACUGAGUACUCCCUGGAACUUGUAUCUUGUGGUGACUGGCGGUUGUUUCUGGUGGUGGAUUUGGCCGGAGAAAUUUCAAUAUGUAACCUUUUUUUCCAUGUGUACUUACUUACAGCAAAAUUACUUGUUUUCAAAAGAAAAACACAAACUGGGUCACCUUGGUGAUCAAUUAUAUUUCUUCCUUCACUCACAACUUUACCCUGUAAAUAACAUAAAGAUACUUUUCUUUACUAUAUUUAAAUACCCUGUUUUAGGCUAAACUUAGCUUCAAUAUACGCUGUUUUAUACUUAACGCUACAUUACCAGUU